UCGCAGGGCCGAAGGAUGAAUGGAAGGGUACAGGGGCUUCUAUGUCUCAGCGAUGGGCUUCGGGUAGGGACUGUUUGCCUUCCCUUCGUGUUCUUUCUCAGUCUCAGCGAUGGAACGGUAUCUCUCUCUCUCUACUUGCAAUUACAGAGACGAUGUGUGGGAUUUGAGCACGCGAUGGGGCUUAAAAAAAAGUCCACUGCUAAACUUCAGAACGGUGAGGAAGAUUGUGAAGUUGGAUGAUCACAUUGCAUUGGCCUGUGCUGGGCUCAAAGCUGAUGCUCGUGCCUUGAUAAACAAGGUGAGAAUUGAAUGUCAAAGCCACCAACUUACGGUUGAGGAUCCAGUAACUGUUGAGUAUAUUACUUGCUACAUUGCUGGUCUUCAACAGAAGUAUACACAAAGUGGUGGCGUUAGACCGUUUGGGCUUUCAACUUUGAUUAUUGGCUUUGACCCAUACACAGGUGCACCGGCACUAUAUCAGACAGAUCCUUUUGGGACAUUUUCAGCCUGGAAAGCAAAUGCCACUGGAAGAAACUCUAACUCAUUACGUGAGUUUCUUGAGAAAAACUACAAGGAGACAGCUGGGCAAGAAACCAUCAAGCUCGCCAUUAGUGCUUUGCUUGAGGUAAGUAAUAGCAGAUGAUGCAUAUUUAAUCUAGUUUCUUAAAAUAAAUUAAUCAUCAUAAAUGAUGAUUAUGCAAAGAACAAAUGGAGAGAUUGGAUUUCUAGCAGAAACAAUGGAAUACUGUCACAUAUAUAUAUUAUGUUGUUAGCUGCUGUAGUGUACUGCAUUUGGAGGAAUCGAAAUGGCUGUGUUUUUUAUCAUUGCUCUCGGUCUGCUUCUAGUUUAGCUGCUGAAGUUAAACAUUUAUUGCAUCAUAGGCUUAUCAGUAUUAGCAAAAAGAAACUUUCUGCCCAAGAUAAUCGUUUACUAGCUCAGUUCACUAUGUAA